AUGGCGGUGUCUGCGAGACACCGCGUGGAAGAAAAGGCCACCAACGAUGCGGCGAGCAAGCAUUGUGGAUGUAUAUUGUCCAUCACCGUGUUGGUUGGGCUGCUCUCAAUAUUGGUCAUAACUGGGCAACGCCUAUACGUUCCAAACACAUCUUCUUCCCUGUUUGCGACCACAACUAAAUCCAAUGGAGUUGCCCUUCCGGAUCUGUACGAAGCAUCUAUCGCAGAAUUACAAGCAGGUCUCCACGCAGGUCAUUUCACUAGUGUAGAUCUCGUGAAGGCUUACUUUGCUCGAAUCGAGGAAGUCAAUUUGAAGGGACCUAUGCUGAGAGCUGUUUUAGAACUGAAUCCCUCAGCUUUGGAGCAAGCAGCGACUCUUGAUCGCGAACGGAAGUCCGAAGGGGCACGCAGCCCUCUCCAUGGUAUUCCGAUCCUCUUGAAGGAUAACAUUGCCACACACCCUUCGGAAGGUAUGAAUACAACGGCUGGAUCGUUCAGCUUACUGGGGUCCAUUGUCCCAGAAGAUGCCGGUGUCGUAAAGCGACUCCGAAAGGCUGGAGCAAUAAUUCUCGGAAAGGGAAACAUGGAUGAGUUCGCCCACUUCCGAGGCGACAACCUACCCUCGGGGUGGUCAGGACGGGGUGGUCAGAAUACCAAUGCGUAUUUCCCGAAUGGUGAUCCAUGUGGAUCGUCCUCUGGCCCGGGAGUAGCGACAUCUAUUGGGCUGACUACUGUGAGUCUCGGAACGGAGACAGAUGGAAGUAUCGUAUGUCCUUCAAGCAACAACAACAUCGUUGGGAUAAAGCCCACAGUCGGUUUAACAUCCCGAGCAGGGGUCAUACCUAUUUCGGCCCAUCAAGACACCGUAGGGCCCAUGGCGCGUUCUAUAACGGAUGCGGCUAUCGUCUUGUCCGUAAUAGCUGGCAAGGACAACAACGACAACUAUACCUUGGCUCAACCGUCCUUUAUUCCCGACUACAUGGAAGCAUUAAACCAGAACGCGCUGAGGGGGAAGCGGAUCGGCGUCCCUCGACGGGCAUUCUGUAAUGAUACUGAUAUUGAAGAAUCAGUCAAUGUGGCUUUUAAUCAUGCUUUGGAUAUCAUCCGCGGCCUCGGGGCGACCGUGGUAGACCCCGCUGACUUGCCCUCCGCUGACGAAAUUGCACUUUCCACCAACGAGACCACUGUGACGGAUGUAGAUUUCAAGAUCCAGAUCAACGCCUGGUUUGACUCGCUCAAGACAAACCCCUCAGGUGUACGAAACCUUGCCGAUUUGAUCAAGUUCAACGACGAUCACCCCGAAUUAGAGAAACCGCCUCAACUUGAGGAGCAAAAUAUGCAUGCAUUGGCAUUUGACGAAGAGUUGGGUAAAACGCGAGGCAUAGACGCCACCUUGACAGUACACCAACUCGAUGCGUUGGUGCUGCCAUCUGUGCGUUUCACGAUCACAACCAUCGCGGGGUAUCCCAUCGUUACAGUACCACUCGACUUCUAUCCCGACAAUGUUGCUAUUGGUUCUGCUGGGCCUAUGACGUUCUAUCCUGCGCCCGGUAUACCCUUCGGCCUAUCAUUUUUCGGCACUGCAUUCACGGAGUUUGAUCUGAUUGGAUUCGCUUUCGCUUUUGAGCAGAGGACAAAGGCACGUUUGAAGAGGAAGGCUUUUGCAGCCGCUAUUCCGAAGACGCAAUUAAAGGAUGUUAUGAGUCAACGCUGA